UACGCGUAUGUCAACGUACAUACAAGUAUCACGAUAUAUUCAAUUGAGAAAAGUGACCACUAAAUGCCUGGAAUCGCAAGUGCCACUGGUCUCAUCUCUGCACGUGUUCGACCUAUUUAUAGAAAUAAACCGCAGCAUGUAGAACUUUCAGGACAUACAAACCCAGCACCCUUCGCCCUUCGACCUUACGCUGGCCUUUUUAAUCCCUAUUCUUAUGGAUGCUCCGUAUUAUGUAAUCAUCCUGUAGACAAUGAAGCCAAAGAAGUAGUGCGUCGUGCGAAGGACACAUGGGUAAAAAAAAUGAAUUUUAUGAAUUUAUAUAUUUGUUUAUUGCAGGCAAGCGAAGGUAAAGCUUUAUUAUUAUCAGAAGAAAUGGAAAUGAUUCGUGCUAGAUUAUUAGCUGCCGGCAAAAGAGAUGUUACCGUUGAUUCAGGAAAUGUAGAUAUUAAGAAAAUUAACGUUGACGCUAUAACUGUUCCGGAAGAGUUAUUCCGGAAAUAUACGGAGACCGAUUCUCGACCUCUUACACCGGCACCUACUCUUGUUAGUGUGCAAGCAACGACAAUGUCGAGUCGUCCUAUUCAAAACGAUCCUUCAGCAAUUAUAUACAAUCCACGAGAACGCACUACAUUAGUUUUGGAUUUGCGAGCCAAAUCACAGCCCCAAUUGGACAAUGAAACUUUCACUUGGCAUGCAUUGACUUUAGAAGUUCUACCAGUCCCUAGAAAGAGUCAGAUCAUCAGCAGUAAACCGUUAUCUCGACGUCGAUCUUUUGCUUCGGUAACACGUCCAGUACCAUUUGUUUUUCCUUCUUCCUUGAAUGUUGAAACCUGUGAAACGAUCAUAAACAACGAUGUUAACAACAGCAGUGAUGAACCUACGGUUGUACGAAGGCGAGGAAAAAAAUUACGUAAAAGGAAAUGCAGAAGAAAUUCGAUUUAUGGACAACAGACGGAAGUUCGGGAUCCAUUUGAACCACCAGAAACACAGAUCUCGCAAACUGAAAAUGAAUCCAGACGAAUUUCAGUUCAUCCGCUUACUGGUGAUUCUUAUACGGUAGUAUCUUCGGAAAAAGUAAUGGUUUCUUUGGUAGAACAGACGAUGCAUUCCAGUUUUAUACCGAUAGAAAUUCUGAAACAUUUGUGCAGAGAAUUAAAUCGCGAUAAAGUCGAAGCGGAAUUUUCGAUGAAGAGAAAAAUUGCAUUCGAAGAGGCUCUAAAAGUUAAAGGUGAAACUCAUUUCGCUUUGCGUGGAACGUGCCGAACUUCAGUAUCACCGAUGCAAGAUGUACCACGUGUAUUUUCACGACAAACUGCUCGUUUUGAGAUUCUAGAUAGCCAAAGUUUACGUGGAAUCACGGUACUAGUUUAUCUGAGCAGGCACGUCUUCGUGAAUCCCGGAAGAAAGUUAAUAUACAGUCGAACUUUUAUCAGGUUCCAUGAGGAAACCUUACAAGGGAGCCGAUACAUUUCCCCAAACGAUGUUCAAGAAGCUCUUCAAGAUGCAAUUGGGAGGACACUGACUGAUGAACAGCAAGCACGUUUCAACAGCUUUCUAGGGAAUAUUUCCGAACCGUUAAACUUUCGAACCUGGUGUGGCGUAUGUGCAGCAGCAGAAAGAUUGUUAUGUCCUCUUCCAACCAAACAAAUUGAUCCUCCUACGUGGUUAGAAAGGCUGGACUUCGAAAUGUUGGAAAGACGACUUGAUUCGAUCAGCGUAGAUUCUCAGUUGGCUCUUCUAUUGAGAGAAAUUCGUAAUAGAUAAUAUUAGUCGAUGUUAUAAAUGGAAAAAUUAAAAUAAAAAUGAAGCUUGUUCAUUA